UUUUCCGAUGGACUUCUCAAAUUAAAUACGGAGUAGAACUUAUUGUAGAACCAGAUCCAGAUCUGCCCCAUCUUCGAUGCCCCUCUCGGCCUCUCCCCAAUCUCCAUUAAUCGACGCCACCUUCCCCCCUCUUCCCUUGUAAUUGACGCCAUCUCCCCCAUCUUCGACACCAUCUCCGCUGGAACGAGCAAAAGAUUCCAUUGCCGAGUUCAAUUGCUGGUUUGGGCCUGGACUGUGCGUGAAUUGAAGGCAAGUUCUUCGUUGUUACUGUUUAUCUCGCGAAUAAUAGAAUUUACUUUACCCCUAUUUCAAGCUCAAUUGAAGCCCAAUUUGUGGAGGAUUAUGAGCGAAAUAUAACCUUUAGAGGACUAAAAUGAGGUAAAGUUGAUUCAAUUGAACUGUUUUGUAUUGAGAGCAAUUGUCUAAAUUCUUAUUGAUAACGAUUGUCACUUGUGUCCUUAAGGUGUUUGUCUAUAUGCAUUGAGAAACACAACAGAUGGCUUAGCUGCUAGCUUAUCCACAACAUAUUAUGAGUAUUCAAUUUAAAUUCUAAUGCCCAUUAAUUUUGGUUCCUAUUAUUUUUGUUUGCAGGGACUAUGGGAUACAAGUUUACUUAGGUAAGUGAAUGGUUUCGUUGUAUGUUGUGUGGAGUUGUUGAAUACGCUACUUCUGCAUUUUUACUAAUUCAUUCUUAUUUUGGAAUUUAAAUUUGAAUUCAUAAGAGGAUUUGAUACUGCACAUGCUGCUAGGUAAUUAAUCUCUUAAUAGGCUCUUACUUCAUAUUUAUUUUUUGGUUCAAAACUAUUGAGAAUUUAAUAAUGGUAGUUGGAGUUCACUUGAAGAGUCUCUAUUAAUGUUAGGACAUAUGACCGUGCUGCAACUAAAUUUUAUGGGCUAGACGUUGAUAUCAAUUCCAAUGUAAGUGAUUAUGAAGAAGAUCUCUAGCAGGUUGAAUAGUGUUAUUGGAAUGAAUCUGAUAUUCCAUCACAUCAUUAUCAUUUUAUUUUUUUGUGUGAAUUCUAACCAAAUGAAUAAUUUCACAAAGAAAGAGGGUGCAAAUACCCCGUCGUGAGAGCAUUGGGGUUUUUAGAGGGAGUUCAAGGCAUAGAGGAGUUACAUUGCACAAAUGUGGGUGAUGGGAGGCUAGAAGGGAGAAAUUCCUUGGCAAGAAGUAGAUGCUAUUUCCAUCACUGUUUGGGAAAAAUGGACAUCCUUCAUUGUCUAUCUUUCCACCUUUCUUCCAUGAAAUAGUUCAAUUAAAUAGACUUUACCUCGUUUCAAGCUCAAUUAAACUAUUACUUCGCAUUAAAAGAAAUAUUAGUUCUAACUUGUUCUUUAAACGAAUACUAUGUAUUAAGUAUAUAUCUAUGAUGCAGGUCUGAAGUGUAUGAGAAUGGUGCAAAUUAGUCCCCUAAAUAGUACAUGGGAACAAUGUUCGAAAAGGCGGAACGGAAACCCGCCUCAAGGCGCGACUCGUAACUUUUUCCGGAAAUUACGCACUGGAGCUAAUCCCGUUUUCACGCUAUAGGUUUUUUUACGCUAUUCUGUGAAAGGCGUACGCCAUGGGGCGUACGCGCCAGUGCGCGCAAUAAGGCUUACGCAAUUCCAGGAUUAGAAAUUGGAAAUUAAACGAUUAAAAUUUUGGGUAUUGAAGGUUAAAGUUGUCAAUUACUCCAAUUAAUUAACCCAAUUAAGUGUAUAUAUCCUAAAAUUACCCAAAAUUAGUGUCGAUUACCCUAAUCUUUGUCGAUUACCUUUUGGCGAGCUACGAACCGUCUCCAGCCGUCCAGCGUCGGCCGUCUUCAGUCUUCUUCUCCGGCGAAAAGAUGUUUGUACGGCAAGAUGGGGCUGAUUUUCAAGGUCUUAAAGAGAUAUAAAAUCAGGAUUUGGAGCUCUUAUUAUCAAUUUGAGGAUGACAUGUGCAAGAGUUAACUCUUUGUUUGGAAUGUAAUACUCUUUAUGGAUGUUUUUUUGGUAGUACUAAGUAGAACCUAACAUGCACUUUGUCAUGCAUGCUUUUUAGUUGGCAAGUUUUAGUCCAACUUAAAUUGAUAAUGAAACUUUUUGUAGGUAAAGAGUAACAUUUUUAUAGAAAGUAUAUUGUGGAUGUUAAAGUUUAAUGGAUGUUGUGUGUUGGAUGUUAAUUUAUACGGUUGUUUAAGCAAACACGGGAAGGGGAAGUUUCAAGAAUGGAUGAUCCUAUUCAUUCUGAACUUAAGCUUAUGAUCAUCGAUGCUAAUAUGGAAGAACCAGCAAGUGGAGAUCUCCAAAAGGAGUUUGAGAUAUUAAAGCCUAUAUUUGAGCAACAUAUUAGCGAUGACUUUGAGCAAUCUCUAUGGAUGAUUAAGGAGUCAUUGUGUUCACCUUUCAUCAAAGAAAAAAUUCGGAAGGGUCUUGUUCAAACUCUUCAGGUCAAGGCAAUAAAAGCUACAAGGGAAAGUAUGAAGAGCGCACAAUGCAUUAGGGCAAUCAAGAUAAAAGUUACGCGACAUCCAGUCCUACUAUCAUGUGCCAAUAUUGACGAGCCUAUCAUUACGUCUUUGUGUGAACAUCUCAUCGACUAUGAAUGAAGCAGAUGACUUUUGGGGACUGUUAGACUAUUUGUUUACUACCGGUAGAUGAUGGACACCUUGAGAUCCUACUGGUCGUCUUUGUUUUUGGGCACUAGUUUAUUAGAUUUUAAGAGAUGCAACUCUAUACUGUAGAUGGAAUCUCUCGUAUAUUAUCUACUGCCCUAUAUUAUCAUGAGCCCAUUGACCUGCAAGGAUUAGCUAGCAGUGCUUAAACUGCUUACUUUAAAUAUUCUCAUGGUCCUCUACUACUUGGAACAAGACAUGGAACAUCUAUCCAUAUGCAAAAAUUUGAUUCCCUGCAGUAGCUCUAAUGAGGACCACCACGUUGGGUUGAGUAAUUUGAAUUCAUAUGGUGAAUUUUUGAGUGAUGGCAGACACACGAUAAAAGAAUAUUUCUUUAGUCAUAUGGCGACAACAAGGGACUUAACAAAGCUUUGGGACCUCU